AUGAAACGUAUCCUGGCAGGUUUGGUGCUCUCGAGCAUGCUUGUUGCCCAUGCAUGCGCUGGGCAAGCAACCCCCAUUUAUGGUGUUAAUUUGGGUUCAUGGUUAGUCCUAGAGCCAUGGAUGCUUCCUCAAGGGUGGUUGGAUAUGGGUGGACAGUCAUGCGCUCAAAAUUGUUCGACAUGCAUUUCAACUGAGUCGUCAUUUGCAAAGGCAUAUCCCGACACCGUCGACACUACAUUCGCUAAACACUGGGACACGUGGUUUACACAGGACGAUGUCAAUACGCUGAAGGCGGCCGGUAUUAACACCGUCAGGGUUCCUCUGGGAUAUUGGAUUGUGGAGGCCUUGGUCGAUAGGUCGCACGAAUCAUACCCUCGGGGCGGUCUCAAUUAUUUGCGCCGGGGCUUGGGCUGGCUGAAAGAUGCCGGGAUCCAAGCGAUCCUGGAUCACCACGCAUUACCCGGGGUUCAAACACCCGGGCAAAUGUUCACUGGGAAUUGCACUAGCGAGGUUCAAUUCUACACUCCAUACAACUAUCACCGUGCACUGGUGUGGACAGCGGUCAUGACUGCGCUUUCUCACCUGGACCCUGAUUUUGGAAGUGUCUUUGCAAUCGAGGCAAUCAAUGAACCCAUUAUGAACGCGACUAAAACACCUAACUAUGGCACCUUCCAAAAGAACUUCGUCCAGGUAAUUCGUGCAGUCGAGCUCAUACUCGGAAUAUUUGUGCCGUCGUCCGGUUUAUCGUUGUCGGUAUCACCGUCCGUCUCAACCAACUUCACUGCUGCAUUGAGUGCAACGUCUUCAGCAAGUAUAUUCCCGGUGGAGGUGCAAGCGGCACUUUUAGACGCUGUUCCGAUUUUACUAGAGAUUGGAGUAGAGUGCGGUUUGCAGGCCAUAUUCGAAACAUCGCCCUUCAAGCCAUCUCGUACUUCAUUGGUGGCGAACUUUAUGGAUGUGAACUGGCAGUACGAUAACCCCUCUAACCCAGCUGACGUGGCGAUUGGCCCCCAAGCUUACGACAACCACUUAUAUUACUCGUUUGGCGGAGUUGCAGAUGCUGACCCGAAGUCUUACAUGACCAGUAUCUGCAAUCUUCAACGUGUCCAGGCCGACGCAAAGGUUGGCGACUCUCCACUCUGGUUCGGAGAGUGGGGACUUCCGACACAGUUCAAUGCCACGGACGAGUUCCUCUACAAGUGGGCUGACGCACAGAAGUUGACAUAUAGUAAGAGUGCUGGGUGGAUUUACUGGAAUUUCAAAACUGAGAUAUCAACCCUUACCAAUGGGAAUGCACUUGCAAGGCAAUGGUCUUACCUUGAGGGGUUAAAGCUCGGGUUCUUCACCCAGGACCCCGCGGCGCUCCACGAUCCGAACGUGUGCGCCCCAUACAUAAACAGCACCACUCAUAGCACUAGUUCAUGAUGUGCGUUCUUGGAAACUAAGUAAGCGAUAGAGCAGAGCCCACCUACAUUCAUUUCUCCUGGCCCACCAUUCUUUUGUUGACGUUCAUUAUUGAUUCCUUAGAAUAAUUAGUGCUAUGUAGUUGUAACGGUGUCACCGCUUGGAUAAACUGUUAAGUGAUUGCCUCAUUGUUACUCAUAUUGAUACUGUCUUGACACCCUUUGAACCACGUUCCUUAACUUUCGUUCCUUACUAUCGAUCGUAAUAUACACCUUCGGCCGGCCGAGUCCUCAGUUACACGAUCCUUUCCUUUAUUUCUAGCUCUUCGAGAGCACGUAGACAUUACCUUAUAUACAGCUCGUAGCGUUGUGUUACAGUAGUGUAGUUUGGAC